AUGGGUGUAGUGAGAGGGAUUCUGGUGGAGUCCGAUUUACUGAUAUCUCCCUCCGCCGGCGAUGCAAACGGAGAUGCCAUCCUCCGUCCCGGCGCCGAUCUACUGCUGCGCAGGCUUCGCUACUCCAAAAUCCCAUUCGGCAUAUCCCAUGAACCAGGUCUUUCUAGGCCAAAAGAAUGUCUUAUGCAAGAGCUGGCUAAUACCUACUCCUGCACUAACGUCUGCUUAUCACCAGAGGAUGAUCUUUCUAGUAAGGUUGCUCAUAUCUGGGAGGACAAUGAAGGAACUUUCAUUUAUGUCGUAAGUGGUUGCAAAGCGGAUAUAUAUCACAAAGAGGCUGGAAAUGGCUGGUCGAAGGUUAUAGUGGAUCCCGGAUAUGAUGUUGCAACUGGGACAUCAAACAUCUUUAUUCAGAAACUUGAAGAGCUGCUGUUGUUGAUCUGCAGUUUGAAUAAAAAGGCAAUUGAUGGAGAGGGCUUGAUAGUGGGAUACGUGAUGAAGCCUUCUCGAGAAGAAGAUUUUGCAAAGAGAGGCGCCUUUCCAUUGCGUCCAACACAAAAUGGGUUGAUGUUUUUGCCCCUUCAAUAUGAACUUCCCUUAUCACGCCAGUUAAAACUAGUUGAUGCAGUUCUUCAUAAGGCAACAGAUGAAAUCUUGGCUGUUGACAUGUGUAGUCCUUCAGAAUUAAGUGAAAAAGUCGCGUUUACAAGUAAUCUACAAGAGUUGCAAAAGUGUAUGAAAUCACAGCCUGUUUGUUGCGUAAUCGACCCAAUUAGUAACAUAUCCCCUAUACUUGAUCGUCUGGAAGUCCAGCAGAUUCUAAUUGGCUUGGAAGCUCUCAACAUCCAUGGCCGUUCGAAAAUAAGAGCUCCGCAUUUUCUCAAGGUUGAUAGCUUCCAUCAGCCGUAUUUGGAGCAGAGGCUAGCAGAAGCAAAGUUGUCUUUACCUAAUAUAGUGAAACCUCAAGUUGCAUGUGGUGUAUCUAAUGCUCACAGUAUGGCAAUUGUUUUUAAAAUGGACCAAUACAAGGAUCUCAAUGUUCCUCUUCCAGCAGUUGUUCAGGAAUAUGUUGAUCAUUCAUCUUUGAUUUACAAAUUCUAUGCCUUGGGCAGCAAGGUCUUUUAUGCAGUAAAAAAGUCGAUUCCCAAUACUGAUAUCUUAAUGAACUUAUUUGCGGACAAGGGAUCGAAACCUUUACACUUUGACAGCCUAAAAUCUCUACCUGUUGCUACAGAACAACUCAGUGCUGGUAACCAUCAGCUUGAACUUGAUCUUGUUAAUGAUGCUGCCAAUUGGCUUAGAAGAACACUCGACCUUACAAUAUUCGGCUUUGAUGUUGUUAUUCAAGAAGGCACUGGCGACCAUGUAAUUGUAGACGUGAAUUACCUGCCAUCCUUCAAGGAAGUUGCUGAUGGUGUUGCUCUACCUGCCUUUUGGGAUGCUUUGAAGGAAAAGAUAGUUUCUGAAAAGGAUAAACAAUCCAAUGAAAGUGAAAUCUCUUAA